CACUAGGCCCGUCUGGAGAUCUCGGAGCUGGGAAACUAGCCCCCUCCCCUGGGGGAAACAGGCCCAGCGAGUCGCCAAGCUGGGAGGGAUCCCAGGUGUCUUGCUUCUAUUGUUCUGGCCACUAGGCCACGUUCUCUGGCCUCCUCUCUGCCUCCCCCCCACUUCCAGCACCGACUGGAAUCGCCUCCCACGCAUCCAGCGCCAGCUCAGCUGAUCCUGUCCCCAGGCGACAGGCCAGCUCAUAGCUGCCUUGUGACAUCAGAAAGCCCAGCUGGCUAAGCAGCAGGGCCCGGGCUAAAAUGGCCAGAUUAGUUUUACACGGGAGCUUGAGGGCUGCAGGCCAGGCCAGCACCUUUGGGGGGGCCCCCGGGAAGGGAGUGCAGCGGAGGAACGGUCAGUGCCCUGGAAGAUGGGACUUUGCCAGGCCCGGCUUCCUAAAACUGCCAAGCCUCUGAAUCCCGAACUGCAGGCGAUGCUGAAGUCGCAAGUCAUCAUCUUCGUGCUAGGAGGCCCAGGCUCCGGCAAAGGGACACAGUGUGAGAGGCUGGCUGCCAAGUACCAGUUCCAGCACCUGGGCAUGGGGAACCUGCUGCGGGCGGAAGCCAGCGAGCCCACGCGCCAGGGGCACCAAAUCAAGGACAUCAUGCUGAAAGGAGCCCUGGUGCCUUCAGGCUUCGUCCUCGACCUGCUGAACGCCAACCUGCUGCAGAGAGAGGAGGCGAAGGGCUUCCUGGUCAACGGCUUCCCCCGGGAGCUCAACCAGGCCAAGGACUUUGAGCGUGUGGUGGGGCGUCCUCCCAACAUCGUGAUCGUCUUGGACUGCUCGACGGAGACCAUGAUCCAGCGGCUGCUGCUGCGGGGCCAGACCGGCCAUCGGGCCGACGACCACGAGAGCUGCAUCCGCCAGCGGCUGGAGACUCACUACUCGCUGUGCGAGCCCGUCAUCAGCUACUACCAGCAGAAGAACCUGCUCAGAAACAUUCUAGGCGAGGAGCCGGAAGAUGCCAUCUUCGCGAAGUGCUGCUCCGUCCUCGACAGCCUCCGUUAGGCCAGAGCGAGUCGGGGGAAGCAACGGGUCCCCCUCACUCAUCUGCCUGGACAACCUCCUGCACCAGCCAGAGAGUCCAAGCCGGAGGAGGUUCAUCUGUCCAUAAGCAGAGGAGGCUCGUGCCCUAAGCCCUGGACCCUAGGGCUGGGGAAGCCAGGUGCAAGGUCUGACCCCUGAGGAAUCUGGGCAAGGCACAGUCUGUGCCUCCAGUGGGGACCAGAGCUCUGCCCUGCUGCCCAAACAUGGAUGGGUGGGAGGCGCUCAGGCCUUACGUAGGCAGGUCCAUUCCCACUGCAUCAGAGGUGAAGCUACAGCCCCUUGGGAUUGCUCCAAGACCAGCUGUUGAAUGGACCGAGCACAGCUCCACCGGUUCCUCAGAACGGUCAGCAGAAGCAAUUCCUUACCCCACGAGGUAACCUCAGCUCAACAGGCCAGAUACCCUGCUGAGGGGCAGCGGCAUAAAGCCCCCGGAACAGGCACUACCCAGGGCGCAGCGUAUCGCCAGUUGCUCGGUUCGGAAACAGUGCAGCAGAGUUGGUUUCAAAACAAAAAGAGCAUUUUAUUUAACAAAGCACAAUUGCCUGCUCAAACUAUAAAAAAACCACAGGAGCUCUUAGUUCAUCAGGUUUUACAACAGCUAUAUCAUGAGAACAAUCCGCUUCAAAACCCUAUGGACAGACAGAUGCCACCCAGCAGACACAGGGAGGUUUUGUUAUCAUUUAUUUGUGAAGUUAAAAACAAGCGGUAAAAAGUAAAAACUGAGCGUACAAUUUUGUUUGUUUCAGUUUCCUCUCGAACAGACAAAAUACAUGACAGACCAGUCCCAAUUGUGGGAAAAUGGGAGGGGGAAAGGGGUUGUUUUAUCUGAAACACCGACACCUUAUUCGAGGAAUGUUCCAACUCUAACUAAAAAGCAGAG